GCCUGGAUCACAAAGCUGUUCUUUGUCUCUGCUUUUCUUUCUUUUUAUUACUCUAUCUCUUUUUCCAUUAAUACAUACUUCAUUCAUCCCCUGUUUUUCCCAGACCACCAAAGCAAUUGCAGGAAGACCUUUUUGCAUAUCAUUUAAGUGACUGGAGAAGACCCAACAGCAAGAUGGUUCAGUAUGGCCUGGAUUACACCCGCUGCAGAUGGAUCUUGCCUCUUCUGCUGGGCCUAGCAAUGAUCUUUGGCAUCAUUGCACUAGCUGGUUGGGGCUGGGUAACCUCACAAUCUUUUCCAUUUGUGAGUGAAGGCUCAUUAUGGAGGCUAUGUUCUUUAGAAGAUGAUUGGCGAUGUACAUCUCUCAUGAAUUUUGCCUGGGGUAGAGGUGCAGCUGGUACUUUCUUAGUUGGAUUUGUACUCAUCUGCAUCUGCUUCGCCUUGUCCAUCAUCGCCUUUGCCAUACCAACACUUCGCUUCAACUUCAUUAGAGGCCUAGGAGGCUUGUGUUUUGUUGCUGCUGUAUUCUCAUUAAUGGGCCUUGUCAUCUAUGCUGUGAUGAUUUCAACGCGUGUGGCCUUCCCAGUAAAUACUGUGCAUGUGUUUGAUUGGAGCUAUGGUUUUGGGUGGACCAUGUGCCUCAUGGCAAUAGGUCUGGGAUUCUUCUUUUGUUGUCUCCCACUCUAUGAAGAUCAUAUUUUGGGAAAUGUCAAACCGGAAUAUUAUUAAAACCUCCUAUAAAAAGCAGCAGGGUCAUCACAUGGAGUCCCUGAAUGUUUGGAGUCCAAAGACCCAGACAUACCUAUCAGCACAAGCCCAACAUAUAAGACUAGAAUACCCAGAAGUCAGCAGCCUAAAAAUAAAUAAGAACUAUUAAAAAUAAUAAAUUGGUCUCAAUUCUUGUUAAUGUGGAUUUGUUAGAUCUUUUUUUACAACUUUUUCUUGAUACCAAGAAAGAACUGUUUUUUUACCAUUAGUUUUUAUAGGCAAAUAAUAACUGGAUUGCCUUAAUUAAACAUUCACCAAUUUACAGUAUUUAUUUUUAAUCAGUACUGACUUCCUCCUGCAGCCCCUAGGAACUUCUCCUAUAUUAUUCCAGAGGCCUCUCCCCAGCCUUUUGGGGCACCCUUUUAGGGCAGGGGCUCAAAGGCCUGCAGAGGGGAAGAUGAAUGAAUGACAACUGCUGCCUUGCUUCAUUCGGUAGAGUGAGAGAAAUCCUGCUAAAGCCUGUUUAGAUUCAAUCCACUAUUCAAUCCACAAACAUACCACCAGAAACUAAAUGUUCAGAAUAAACAAAACCAACUUCUUGAUUGCAUUAUUGCUAGUAUGUACAAGCUUGCCUUCCCCAACCUGCCAACUGCAGAUGUGUUGGGAUUGCAACUCCCAGAAUUGGAUGUUCAUUUUUGGUGACUGACAAAUUUUAGAACCUGUGUGAUUGUUGUAACUAAACUUCCGUAGUGAAGCACAUGCUUUGAUUUCAGAAGACCCCAAACUUAGGCCAUAACAUCUUUAUUAAGAAGAAGGAGGAAGCAGAAGCCAAUGUGGAAAACCUUUCUGUACCUGAGAGCAUUAUCAGUGAGAAUAAUAACAGGCUGCAUUAAGUGCACAAAUGGUUUAGUUAGGAAGAGGUUAGGAACAAAUUAUGUUCCCACCGAAACUAAGAAAAUGUGAUACCAACCUACUUUCUCUUAGUUUUAACAGAAAUACUUGGCCUGCACAUUUUAAAAACAACUCAAUUUCAUUCCAGACUUAUGUAUGAUAAACAAUAAUCUCUCACUAGAUGUUCUCUGGUCUGCAAACUGACCUAUGUGGAAAGCAAAACUAAACAAGAGAUCAGUUUGCUGAAAUUCCAGUUGUACUUUUGUAUUAGCAUAUCUUAGUUCUGCCUACUUGUUUUAAAUGUAAAUCAUAGCCUUUUGUAAUGCAUGGAUGUAUAAUUGCCAAAACAUGUUCACUAUGUUUUUUUUUUUAACGGGGGCAAUUCUUUUGUAAUAUCUUCUUUAUGCUCAACCAGCAAAAGCAGCACAAUCCAUCAUAACCCUGAAAGGACAAUGGUGCUGCAUGAAGGAAGGGAGGUGUAAAGAACUCAGAAAAUGUACAUACAUACAUAUCUAUCAUACUAAGGGUCAGCUGGUAAUAUCACUGCUACUCAUUUCUUUUGCCCUUUAUUUUCACCUCCUACAGGCUGAUUCAGACCUUAUUCCCAAGUAAAAAUACAUAGAGUGGUAGGCUUAGAUUGUAAGCUGUCUGUAGGAACUGUGUAGCUUCCAUGUCCUGCAUAAUGCUCAAGGUGCUAAGUAAAAGUUAAAUCAAAAGUGGCAAGUUUAACGCAAAACCAUCUAUAUUGUUUUAGCAUAAUUUUCCAUGUUUCUUAAUUGCAUGUUCAAAAGGAUGUGAUAUCAUUAAAAUCAAUUA